AUGUGCACAGUGCCGAAAGACCUAGCGGUCGUCUCGUCGUCGCCCGCCAUUUCUUCGUCCGCCUCUUCCCCUGCCGCCUCCUCUGCCUCCGCUGUCUCGCAUUCCCUCCUUCAAGCCACCAUUUUUCCCCCUAGUCGUCGAAAAAGACGUAGAGACGGUGAGUGCCCGUGCACAUCCUCGGUGGCUGUCACCUCACCUUCUGCACUAACAUCGGGAUCUGCAGCAUUAGUGGCAAUGCGAGAUUGUGAAAGCAACAGCACCCUAAUUGAUCCUGACCCGACUACCACAUCUACAUCGUCGACAAGCACUUCAGGAACUCUCCCAAACGCAGACAACACCCUCUUGCGGAAAAUUCUUGCCGGUGCCGAUUUAGCCAGUGUUCGCAAUCACAGCGUCCUGGUGGAUAGUAAUUUUUCGCUUCGUAGAACCUCCUCCAUGUCCACUGCUUCCUCGCGCUACAGGUCCUGCACUCCUGACCCCAAUUCCGAUGACAAGCGUCGACGACGUUCCACUAUGUUCAGUCACCUUACCCUGCCACGACGGACUUCUGACCAAGAGGAAGAGGAACAGCGCCCUUGCAAGCGUUUGAAGGAACCUGGAGUUGAUGGAGAUAAGAGCGGAAACAAUUCUCCCCCGGUCCCCAUCAAAGUGGAGUCUCGUGAUCCCGAAGAUCGUCCGUCCUACACCACCCCUGCUUCCUCCUCAUCUGAUGCCACCAACGGCAACAGCAAUCCCGGUACUAACAUCGUCGAAACACCUUUCGAUGUAACCGAAAGGUCAAUUUCCAAGUUUCCAGGCAAACCAUCGAAACGCUGGCGAUUGAAGAGCCCUAUCCGUCAAUCUCCAUCGCAUAGUCUGAGUCCUCCUGCCGUUCCCAGCACUUCACAUGCGGAUCCAACUGAAGUUUUCCCGAUGCGUCCACGAGCGAGAACCACCUCAGAGUUGGAUAAUGUUAUUCGGAUGUUUACGGAAGGAAAGUACCAUCUGAACCGAUUUCGUCUAGACUCUUUCGACUCCCUCAGUGGUGGUCUUAAAGCAGGAAAAGCAUCCGCUGUUCCGAAAAGUGGCGAUCUAAGGCGCGGAGAACCCGGUGAUAAGUCCUCCGAUAUAACGUCUCCCCUGAGCCAGCUUCUUGAAUCCACACCACCCUACAGUGGUGGAACAAAUACUAUCCACCCGCGAGCCAAUACCACCACCUCUGUGUUCCCUUGGUCAUACGCCACAACCCUUAAGAGUGGUGCGGGUGCAAAUCCCCCUUCCGUGGCUCGUAUAAGCCUGCCCUUCCCUGGAAAUGGACCUAAACACCAUCACCACUUACAACAUCCUUCCCAUCGUCAUCACCCGGAACUAGAGAUGCUCAAUUUGACCAAGACUCCUGUAACUGUCUCUUCGGAUUCCGUGGCCUCGAUUCUUGCCGCGACAGCUCUCAACUCCUCCCAGUUCUUCCAGGGCAUUCGAGACGAGCAGAUGUUGAAUUUCAGCCGGAAGGAAGUCACAAGGCAACUUCCUCCACCACCACCACCACCGCCGCCACCACCACCACCCAUCCCGCCUCCGAUUUCACUCUCCCUUACCAGCGACGACAUUCUCCAGUGGUCACCCAAUCAAAUGGCCGCAUUGCAGCAACUAUUUCGCCUUCCCGACGCUACUGGUGCCGUGGUUCAAUCAAUGUCUCGCCCAUCAGUCAGUCAAGAAGCUAAGUUGCCAAUCCGCCUGGCUCAUGUUAACCGACUUCUCUUGUGCCGUCGGGUAGCCGAGUGGAUGCUCGUCGCCAACACAUGGGCAAUGCAAAUGUGCCCGGCACCAAUUAUGCCCGAGAACUCGCUGCUAGCGACGGCUGCGACCUAUCGUUAUUGUCGGUGUUCUGAGGCGGAGAUAAACAUGGCCCAUCAGAUUGAUAUGCGGUUGGAGAUGCCGAGGGUGGGAAUGGGCUUGAAAGCCGUUCUACACCGUAUAUGGCCUCAGCUCUUGUUGGCUUCCAUGAUUAGGGAGAACUUCUCUUUUUCCACCACGCCCAUUCCCACAACGGAAUUGACUGCUCUUAUUGGGGCCGCCGGUGGACGGGAGGGUGGUGGUGGCGUAGUAGGAAGUACAGAGUUGAAUAUUGCUAAGGCUGGAACUGCUGAUUCGCUGAAGAACCUCAUUAAGGCAGGCAAUCAGCUCUUUCUCGACACGCAGGUCUUUGAGUGUGUGAGGAAGUGUAUUUUCGCCCAGCGUAAGUCCCGAUUAACUUUUUUUUGCUUGUUUAACUAG